UCAGCCUGUCAUGUCUGCUCUCUUGCUGAACGCGUGGUAGCGAUUGUUGCACUUUUUCCUUUUUAUUUGAAGUAAGCUGUCACAAUUUUCAGAAGUGAACAACUAAAAUACUCCGGGUUAACGAAUAUUGUUAAUGUGCAGUUGGCUGGUGUGUUUUACCCACUCAUUCGAGUGCAGAAUUUAAUAAAUCAGGCUGGAAAUGGCAGAAAUGGUCCAGGAAAAGAGUUCAGGACUGAAGUUCGCAGAGGAGCAGCUUCUCCGACACGGAUGGGAAAAAGGUAAAGGUCUGGGCAGAGCAGAGAAUGGCAUUUCAGAGGCGAUUAAAGUCAAAGUUAAAUGUGAUAAAGGAGGGAUGGGCCAUAAGCAAGGAGAGCAGUUCAGUUUCCACUGGUGGGACCAUGUUUUCAACAAAGCCUCAUCUGGUCUGGUAGUGGAAUCAGGACAGAAUGGUGUGAUGAUGAAGAAAUCAGAUGACAGCGGUGAUGGACUGAUCUCCAACAAGAAGCCUCGCAAAGCUCAUCAAGCCAAGUCCAUGCUCUAUGGAUGUUUUGUCAAGUCUGCUACGCUGCUGUCUGGAGAAGAACAGCCAGAGAAGACCAGUGAUGCAGAAGACGACAGCAGCAGCUCUUCUGAAGAUGAGGACCAGAAACUCGACCUGUCCACCACUACAAAGCUGUCUGAUGCAGAUCUACUAAAAGCUUGCGGAGGACGAACAGCACACAAAGGAGCCAGACAUGGACUCACGAUGAGUGCCAAACUGGCCCGACUAGAGCAGCAGGAGCAGGAGUUCAUCAACAAAUACGGGAAGAAAAAGCACACUGCUGAAGCGUCCACUACCAACACAGAGUAUCUAAACACUGAGAGACACCCAGAUGGUAAAGAGAAAGCAAAACGCAAGAAGUCAAAAAAGAAGGAAGAACCUUCAGAGAACAACAUCCAUGACACAAUUGAAGAUGACAAACCCAAAAAGAGCAAAGACUCGGGUGCUGCUUUUCUGAGUGACGAUAUGACGGAAAAUACUAAGCAGAAAAAGAGAAAGCGCAAAGAGAAACCCCCUCAGGAUUGUCCAAAUGACUGCGGUGAAGAUGUGAAUGAAAAGUUUGAACACACAUCAGAGGAAAGUGAGAAACUUGUGCCAAUAAACGACAUCAUGGAGAAGAAAAAGAAAAAGAAACGGUCCAAAGUGGCUUCUGAGAUUCCAGAAGAGGUCAUUGAGGACCACGUAGAAGCACAUGGUGAGCCACCACAGGAGGGCAGUACUGAGCAUCAACACACCUCUGAAUUAGUCUCGAAAAAGAAAAAGAAAAGGAAAUCUGAAGUAUCUCCAUCUAUAGACAACUCAGUGGAUGGAACAGAGGACACUAAUAAUGAAGCGUUGAUCAUGGACGCACAGGAGAACAACAGAAAGAAAAACAAGAAAAAAAAACGAGAUAAAAAUGAGGAGCUGGACAAUGUUGAAGAUGCGAAUGAGGCAGUGCCAAAGAAAAAGAGUAAAGAAUAAAAUUGCUUGAUACUAAACUCACUGUGGAUCAGUGGUCUUAAACUCAAUUCCUGGAGGGCUGCAGCUCUGCAGAUUUGAGCUCCAACCACCUCCAACUCACACCGGCUUAAUAGUCGUAGUCUUGAACACCUUGAUUAGCUGUGUGGAGCAAAACUGUGCAGAGCUGCGGCCCUCCAGGAAUCGAGUUUGAGACCCAUGCUGUAGAUGAGAUGCUGGCUGAUGAGCAGAAUCCUGUGCUGGAGACACGACAAGCAUAACUGUGUUCAGAUCAGUUUGGGUAAUGCAGCAAUCAUAUUUAUUUACUUAGAAAUAAUGGUCUGUUUUUAAAUCUGGAGACCCACAGGCAACAUGAAAUCUGAGGAUUUUUAACAGCUGUAUUUGCACUUUUUUGUGAGGUGUAUAUCAAUGUAACAGCAACUGCUAAUCACUACAAACACGCUGCAGUUUGAAAAACAAAGUGUUUUUUAUGAAUAAACAACUGCAAUUUA